AUGACUUCAGGAAAUGAACUUUUUGGUGAAAUGAAAAACCGACUAAAAUUAAGAUCAAUUGGACAUUCAGAUACUAAAGAAUCGCCUUCAGAAAUGUUGACGAACAAUGCAGUUGAACAGCAGGAACCAUCUUCACAUGACAAUACUUCUUCUAGCAUGUCAGCGAACUCCAGUCCCAGAUCAUCAAUAUAUGAUGAUUUUGAACAAUCUGAUUCGAAAACAGUAUCAGAUAUUUUAUUGGUGAGCUGUUUAUUAUCUAUUGGUGACUUACAAGUUUCCACUUGUAAUCCUAAACUAUGUAAACUUCAAUUACGUAACCAUUUCUCACCUAACUUUCUGUCGAGAAAGUUUUUCUGAUCUUUUGGAGAAUUCAAAGUACAUGAAUCAUCGGUCGUACACUACGGUAUCAAUUUCUACUAAAUAAUUAAAGAAACUGUUUCCAGAUUGAGAUUUAUAAAUAAUGGGGAUAAAAGUGUGAGAUCUACAAGUGGGAAGUAUAGUGUUUCACGUAUCUUAUAUGACACCCAGUAUUAUCUAACAUCAUGUUAGGGUUUUUUCUUUAUGUCAACAGACAGACAUCAUUUUCAAUGGAAAUAGCAUUAGGACAAUAAUAGUAUAUUUUAUGAGUGCGCAAAGACGCUACGAUUUUGUUUUCGUUAUAGGGACCUUGUCUGAGUUUUGAGUAGGUCGAUGG